CCAUCGACCCCUCCAGUCGCUCCAAAAAAUGGCAAAGAAACUGCUAGCGUGCCAUCAACCCUUCCUUUCCCUCCCCUAUCUUCUAACGGGCUUGGUCUCAUUCAAGAGACCCUCGCACAUCAUCCAUUCCAACUUCUCGUGGCGGUUACCCUCCUUAAUAAAACCCGUGGCUCUGUCGCUAUACCGGUUUUCCACGCAUUGAUGAACCAAUUCCCUGAUCCGGAGCAACUGUCACACGCGAGUGUCGAAGAGGUGGAAUCCAUGAUCGGAACUCUAGGCCUGCAACGAGUGCGAGCAAAAGGAUUGGUGUCAAUGGCGAAGCUCUGGCUAGAGAAUCCACCAACGAAGGGUGUACGAUACGGAAAGCGAGGAUAUCCUGUUGCAGCAAAGUCGUUCGACAGCCUCAGUAAAGGCCCUAGGCGUACACCACUGGUACGAGACGGAGAAGUCAUAGACGAUGAAGUAGUGGGCGGCCGGAUCAACUGCGCCUGGGAAAUCGCCCAUCUCCCAUGCGUCGGUGCCUAUGCCCUGGACAGCUGGCGGAUCUUUUGCCGAGACGAACUACGCGGCGUCGCAACCGGCUACAACGGCGAAGGACAAGUCGAUGACGGCGAUGUCACGGUGCCGUUUGAGCCCGAGUGGAUGCGCGUCCAGCCCACAGACAAGGAACUCCGGGCGUUCGUGCGCUGGAUGUGGCUCAAGGAAGGGUGGAUCUGGAAUCCAGAAACGGGAGAGCGGGAGGUGGCGGGGCAGGAAUUGUUGGAGAGGGCGGAGCGGGGG